ACCUUUCCCCUUCUGUACCUAAAAAACAACAACUAAAAACAGGCGCUUUCUCUAAAAUUCAAAACUCCGUCUCCCUCCUUUCCCCCCUCUCUUUUUCCCAAUUCGCCACCGCAAUCCAAUUUCAAUUCCACUCUCUUUCUUGUUUCUUUGAUCGAUCUUUACGAUGAGCGAAUCCGAAGCGAAUUUUGGUUUUGAAGAUAAAAGCCUAAGUCUCAUUGAUGUCAGCUUCGAGGACGAUUGCCUCUACAAUUCUCCUCCCCGGGAUUAUCGAACUCCUCAUCUUUCAGAUAAGCAGACAGAGAACAAAAAUGUUCAGUUGCUGGAUGUGCAAGACGGUGAAGAAUCUCUUGAAGAUGAUAAACAAGUAAUUCAACCGCUUGAAUCAACAGAGCAAGAAAAGAUGAGAAAAAAUGAAAAGUACAACUUACGCAACAGUUUAGCCUGGGAUAGUGCUUUCUUCACUAGUGCAGGUGUUUUGGAACCGGAGGAGAUAUCUAAUAUGAUUGAAGGAACUGAGAAAGUAGGCAAAGUCCAUGUAUUACCUGGAAUUGAAGAGGACGUGCGCAGAUCUAUUGAUUCAAUAUCUACAUUAGUGACUGAUAUUUCAACAAUAGAAACACUUGAGGAUGACUUGUUUGGAGACAUAAGAGCUUCAAUCCAGAAAUCUAGUAAAGCAGCCAAUGCAGCAAUUUCACAUUGUAAAGCUGGAUCUAGAGUUAAUGAUGGCCAACUCAUUAAAUCUUCAGAGAGAGUGACAAUUGUCACCCAAAAUAAGUUAAAGACUAAAAAAUCUCCCAAGAAGCCAAAUGUUAUCAUUAAAGGAUCAGGGAAAAUGGCGAACCAGGUCUCUCCUAAUCCACAAGCUCCAAAGUCUGGUUCUAUAAAUGGAGAAUCAACUUCAUCUCUCUGUAAGCCACCCAAGAUAGCUGGCAGAGUCGGUCCCAUCUUAACAACAGCAGGCAAACGAGCUUCCUUGGGUGCUAACCAUGCCAAAAUGGAAAAGGAUAAUGCAAAAAAUUCAAAUAGUCGUGCAGAUAAUCCAAAAAAAUUGGCUGUGGCAGGUAGGGGAUCAAAACUUCCUACUAUGGGUGGUUCAAGAAAUGCGGUCCCCAAUCCCAAACCACCUUUAAAGUCCUCCCUGCGAUCUUCAUUGGCAUCUAAGAAAGAGCUAACAACUUCUUCCUCCGCUGAUAGUUCAGGAAGCCUGUCAUCUGACAGUAGCAGUAAACAUUCCUUCAACACCGUAAAAAGAAAAAUUGAUCCAAAACCUGGUAAUCAUCUCUCCAAUAUUUCAACUAUCAAAACCACAUUGACAAAUAAGAAUCAGUCUAUAAGUCGACAUAUCUCACCUUAUAUGAAGUCUGUGACCAAGCUCUCUUCUAGCAUAUCACCUUCUAGUUCUAUCAGUGAAUGGUCUUUGGAAUCAUUUUCACCAACUUCAUCACUUAAUAGAAGGUCUAAUAGUUCAAGACCCAGCAUUGACAUUAGCUCUUGUGAAAAUGCGUCUGAUAAUGGUGAUUUUCCUCAAGUUUUGGACUCUCAAAUCCAUUCUAGUGACAAAUGCUCAGUUAAACAAGGUACCCAGGUCACUAGAUUGUCAAGUGAGCAUGUAAAGAGAGUUCCAAUAAGAAGUGGGGCACUUGCUGAUUCAGAGUCUACCAAACCAUCAGGGCUUCGGUUGCCAUCACCAAAAAUUGGCUUCUUUGAUGGGGCUAGAUCGGCAGUGCGCAGUCCCAGUGGCUUGGCUAGAAAUGGGACAGCAAAUGGUACCAGUGUGGCUUCAAAUGAGGCAAAGCUCGGAAAGCUUCAACCUGCUAGAACUGUUGUGGCAGCUCGGGGCACCAAAACUGGUCUGCAACCUGCCCCAGGAAACAAAGGUAAACCUCCUUUUCCUCUUCAGGAGACCUCAAAUGCUGCACCAAAAGUCUGUAGUGUUUCAAGAAAUGGAAAAUGCAGUCCUGGCAUGCCUCCCAAACUUCAGAAUAGAAUGUCUCCUGGAAAUGGUGGAAAAAGUAGCUUGAAGGCUGAUAAAAUUUCUCCAAAAGAAUGUCAUACAUCAGUAAACAAUCAACCUAUCAAUUAUGGUGAAAGAAAUGGCAGCCUAGAUAAAGAUAAAAUGAGCCCACAGAAUGAGAGUAAUGGCAGCAUAAAAGUUGCAGGACUUGGAGCUAUACAUGACUUGAGUUCUUUGUCUGGGGAUGAAAACAUAAUCUUGCAAAAAGUGGCUGAAAAUGCAAUAGAUGAUCAAAAGAACAAUUUGUAUUCUCCUUUGGUUGCUAAUGAAAAGGAACAAACUUAUUUUGGAGAUGCAGUCGGUGAUAUGGCCCUACAACUUGAAGCUGUGGAUAUUUAUAAGGAGAUCCAACAAAAACCUGUUCUUGAUUAUUCUUCUUUCAAUCACGUCAAUGAAAGCAGAGAAGUUGAUACUAGUCCCCCGAGGGACUCUGCGAAGUUAUUUAGGCCUGCUCCUGCUCUCAACCAUACUGAAGGGGUAGCCUUGGAGAUUGAUGAAAGCUAAAGAUGACUUGACAGUGUAGCAGCAAAUUUGUUGAAGGUAAAUAAGUUCUGCUUUCCUAUGAGAAUUUGCCUCGUCUCUGAAUGCCAUGCAGGUAGAUUAGUCCUUGAAGCAACAAUUGUUAAAGAGUAGAAAUCAUUUUAUUGCAAGAACUAAGGAAAAUGAAUAUUGCAACAUAAGGAAUCUGAGAGCUGAAAAUUCCAUUUUCUAGAGCUUGCUUUUGUAUAUUGUAUUAGAACAACAUGAAGGUCACCACAUGUGAUGAAGGAAGGAAUGAGAUUCAGUGGAGUUAAUGUACAUUGUCAGAAUAUUCCUUUUUAUUUAUUUGACGUGUUUUGAGUUUGUCAGACAAUAGUAGUACCAUAAAGACUUAUUUUGUGUACAACUUCCGGCAAUAGUUGAAAUUUUAUUUUUCACCGGUAA